AUGAGUUAUAACAAGGAUCUCGGAGUAAGGCUCAGAUGGGAAGAUGAUCAGGAGGGGAGGGCAUGUUUUUUAAUUUACAUGAGACAUCGUAACGAGGCUGAAAUUCCAAGUCCGAAACCUUCGCCUUCGCCUAAUCCUGGAUCUGCUGCAAAGAAUGAAAACGAGAACCAAAUACACGUCUUCUCAUCUGCUUAUCCUUUCUUCACUUUGCGAUGUCCCAAAACUGAAGGUGGUGACUCAAAUAAUUUAAAAUAUUUAAAAGACAUUACAGAAUCAUUGAAUGAUCAAACUAAUCACUUAACAAGAAAGGUUGAAAUCCUGUCUGAUCUAUUGAUGAAAUCUCCUAAUUGUCCGACUGAAUUAUCAACAAGGCCACCGGAAAAGUCACCAACCAAGCUUCCGACUGAACAACCUACAAUUAAAAAACCUCCAACUAAGCAGCCAGACGAAUCAGAAACGGCACAAUGUGAAGAGUUCAGAUGCAAAGGGAAAUCAUGCCCAGGUGGUACACAACAAUGUCGAUAUAUUGAGCAAUCGCUGCAGCCUUAUUUCACGGAAAUUCUGAGAACUUUUGUUUGCUUAUCAAAAGACAAUAAAAUACUGAAGAAAAUCGAGGACGUCGUUGACAACCAUUCGAAAGGCAAAAGGUUUGAAUUUACAGAAACGUAUUCUAACAAAGACGUUAAAAGAGUAGGCAAAAGAUGCACAACUGAAUAG